CUCGGCCCCGCCUCCACGUUCCCUCUGGAGUCCCCGGAGGAGUUGCCGCGCGGGGGGAGGCGUGGCCGUGGUGCCGGCGGAGGCGCGGGCCGAGCCGCCAGGACUUUGGCUUUGACACGGACGGCGAACUGGAGUCGUGGCUUUGGUACUCGGCACCGACGCGGUCCUGGCGGAUCCCGCGUCCGAGUCGGGCGCAGGACUUUUUGCUUCCAUCAACGCAACUGCGGCGACGCCGCAAGUCCUGGUGCAGCCUCGGCGGCCGGAUUUCACCGCCGCUGCCGCCUCCGCGCAGCCCUGCAGCUCUUGCUGGCUCUGGGAGAGCGACUCUAAGAGUUUCUCCCGCAGAAAGAGCCGGGACGCGCGGCUCGAGGCGGCCCAGCCACUGACCCACACCUGCGCGGGCACCAGAACUGGAGGCAGGGGGCCCGCGCAGUCGCGGGUUGAGCUCAGGCUUCCGAGCCGCAGGUGGAAGGACGCCCCGGGGGAGCAGCGGAGAGGUGGCCAAGUGAAAGGUACUUUUGGACACCCUGGGCAUGGAGAUUUAGUGUUUGUCUUUGGUAACCGUUUCAUUCCCUGCAUCGUGCACCUUCCCUCCUUCUGUGCCUGUAAGGUUUGUUGGGCUUCCUCCCUAGCCAGAGAGUUCUUCUGCGGUGGUGAGGCCUCCCUGGGCCACUGACCCUGGCCGGCAUGGGGAGCACCCUGGGCUGCCACCGCUCCAUACCGCGGGACCCCUCGGAUCUAUCCCAUAGCCGCAAGUUCAGCGCGGCCUGCAACUUCAGCAACAUCCUGGUGAAUCAGGAGCGGCUCAACAUCAACACGGCCACAGAGGAGGAGCUGAUGACCCUGCCUGGUGUGACGCGUGCGGUGGCACGCAGCAUCGUGGAGUACCGCGAGUACAUUGGUGGCUUCAAAAAGGUGGAGGACCUGGCGCUGGUCAGCGGCGUGGGUGCCACCAAACUGGAGCAGGUCAAGUUUGAGAUCUGCGUGAGCAGCAAGGGCAGCUCCGCGCAGCACUCUCCCAGUUCCCUGCGGCGGGACCUGCUGGCCGAGCAGCAGCCUCACCAUCUCGCCACCACUGUGCCCCUCACCCCACGGGUCAACAUCAACACGGCCACCCCUGCUCAGCUCAUGAGCAUACGAGGCCUCACGGAGAAGAUGGCUGUGAACAUCGUGGACUACCGCCGCGAGCAUGGGCCCUUCCGCAGCGUUGAGGACCUGGUGAGGAUGGGCGGUAUCAACGCCGCCUUCCUCGACAGGAUCCGGCACCAGGUGUUCGCGGAGCGGUCCAGGCCCCCCUCUACCCACACCAAUGGGGGCCUGACCUUCACCGCCAAGCCUCACCCCAGCCCAACCUCGCUGAGCCUGCAGAGUGAGGACCUGGACCUCCCGCCAGGGGGGCCCACCCAGAUUAUCUCCACUCGUCCUUCCGUGGAGGCCUUUGGAGGCACAAGGGAUGGGCGGCCGGUGCUGAGGCUGGCCACCUGGAACUUGCAGGGCUGCUCAGUGGAGAAGGCCAACAACCCCGGGGUGCGAGAAGUGGUGUGCAUGACACUCCUGGAAAACAGCAUCAAGCUUCUAGCUGUGCAGGAACUACUUGACAGAGAGGCCCUGGAAAAGUUCUGUACGGAGCUAAACCAGCCUCUCCUGCCCAACAUCCGCAAGUGGAAGCAGCCCCGGGGAUGCUGGAAGGCCGUUGUCGCCGAGAUGCCCUCCACGCCGCUCCAGAAGGGGGCUGGAUUCUCUGGAUUCCUGUGGGACUCUGCGGCCGGGGUGGAGCUGAGAGACGCCACCUCGCAGGAAAGUUCACCUGGCAACGGGCAUGGGAAGCCCACGGGUCCCAGCCCGUACCUUGCGAGGUUCAAGGUGGGAAGCAAUGACUUGACCCUUGUGAACCUUCACCUGGCAUCCAUGAUCCUCCCAGGGGGCGACAAUCCAAGCAGGAAUCACAGUGACAGCCACCGCUUGGCUACCUUUGCACAGACCUUGCAGGAAACCCUGAAAGGAGAAAAAGACAUGAUUGUUUUAGGAGAUUUUGGCCAGGGACCUGACAGCAGUGACUAUGAUAUCUUAAGGAAAGAAAAAUUCUACCACCUGGUCCCUGCACACACCUUCACCAACAUCAGCACCAAGAACCCCCAAGGCUCAAAGUCUUUGGACAACAUCUGGAUCAGUAAAAGCUUAAAGAAGGUUUUCACAGGUCACUGGGCUGUAGUGAGAGAAGGCCUCACGAACCCUUGGAUUCCAGAUAACUGGUCCUGGGGAGGAGUGGCUUCUGAGCACUGCCCCGUGCUAGCCGAAUUUUACACUGAAAAGGAUUGGAACAAGAAGGAAUGCCCUCGGAAUGGCAACGGGGUCACUUUGGAGCGAAGCGAAGCCAACAUUAAACACGAGCGAUGAUGGCACCAAAUCUGUUUUUUCACCUGUGACCCGGAAGGCCCGGGCAGGGAGUUCGCCCUUCCAGGUGAAGACGAGGACUCAGAACUUUGUCUCAGUCUUCAUCCUGACGACACUAGCACCUGGGCCUCGACCUGCCUGCCUUCUUUGUGGACAUUUUUGGACCCCUAAUGGGGGAGGGAGGUACCGGAUGGUCAAAUCGGAAGCACAGUGGGGAACUAAGAUGGCUUCUAACGUGUGGAUGCCAUCCACCUCAGCAGACUCGGGCUGGCCAGCUGCCGCCCUGGGUGGCAGCAUACAGAGGACAGUAGUGGGGCUGACAGGGCAAGAGAGGGCCGUCUCAGGCUGCGAGGCCCUGUCCGAGCAAUGCCAGAAGCUCUCCUUUCUGACCACCAGUCCAUGAUGCUCUGGCUGCAAAUUACAUAAAGCUUUUAACUGUGAUUGAGCUGAGCACUCUCCUCAAAUAUUUUGAGUGGUGAUUUUUAGUUUUGUUCUGAAAAAAAUAAACAGAGAUGAACAUGC